UACAAAUUGUAACAGUAUAUGUGCCGGUGACAUAUCAUCAUCGUCUGUCGUUACAAACAAUCCAAUAUCAAAUCUAAAACAUUUCAAACAGCAUUUCCCACUCCAUCGCCGCCAUGGGUGCCGCUGUGGAAGAGAGAGAGAGUCAGAAGAAAGAAGAAGGAGAAGAAAGAGGAGAGAAUGGGAAGAGAAAACAGGAAGAAGAAGAAGAAGAAGAGACAGUGAGAGAUGUGGAGAAAGGGGAGAUGGAUCAUGUGGAGUCUGUGGAAGAAAAGGUGGUCGAGAGAAAUGAUAAUGUUUAUGAUCUUAAUAACAAUAUUCCUGCUGAUCAAAGAGGGUUUAAUAUGUCAAUGUUACGAACGUUGAACCCAACAAAUCCUUUGAGGAUUGCCAUUAAUGGUGGCCGUACAAGAGUCGCCGCUCCUACAAGAGUUGCAGCUUCUAGAGUUGCUACUCCUCUUUCUCAGCCUCGCUCUACUCCAACACCAACCUCACAGAUUUCACCUACAACAUUGAAUUCAACAAGCUACACCAACAAGAUAUCUCUGUCUAUUUUUGUUCUUCACAUGGUGCUGGCUGUUGGGCUAGUGGGAUUUCUAAUAUUCAAGGGAAUUCAAGGCCUAUUAGUAGCAUCAGACUCUACUAAGAAAAAAGAGAAAAGGGUGUUAGAGUAUUUUCUGCCUCAAGUUGAAGCUGCCUCUCUUUUAAGCAUCACUCUUGCUUUUGCUUGGCAAAAGGCUGUCAGGGUUUGGCCUCGAAUCACGGUUCAUUUCAUACUAUGGAGCUCGUUCUUCAUGUCACUUUCAGCUGGAAUUCUCCUAAUCUGCUUCCAAAAGCCUCCCACCGAUGGUGUUGGAGUUUGCUUCAUCGCCUUUGCAAUAGGGAAUGGCUUAUAUGCUUGCUGGGUUAACCAGAGAAUUGGGUUUUCUACUGAAGUUUUGAUUAAAUCAUUGCGACCCAUUUCAAAGUUCCCAGAUUUGAAUCAACCUACUUAUUGGACGCUUGGAGCUGGUUUUACAUGGAUGUCUCUCUGGAUUUUAGCUGUUGUUGGAGCAUUGAAUUUUUCCGUUCCGCCUUUAAUUAUCAUUGCAUUGAUGUUGAGCUUGCUCUGGACAACAGAAGUAAUGAGGAAUGUUGUAAAUCUAACAGUUAGUAGAGUGAUUGCUCUGUAUUAUCUCAGGGGAAUGCAAUCUAAUACUGGAUAUUGCUUCCAAAGAGCCUUGACUAUUAAUCUUGGAAGCGCUUGUCUUGGGUCUUUAUUUGUGCCGACUAUUGAAGCUAUGAGAAUUGUAGCCCGGGGUUUAAAUUUACUAGAGGGAGAAGAUGAAUUCAUGUUUUCAUGUGCACAUUGCUGUCUCAGAGUUAUGGAGUCCAUCUUCAGAUAUGGAAAUAGCUGGGCCUAUGUACAGAUAGCUGCAUAUGGAAAAGGCUUUGUGAAGGCAUCGCAAGACACUUGGGGGCUCUUUGAGAGGCAAGAAAUGGAAUGCAUUGUUGACUCGGACAUGACCAGUGCUCUCUGCUUCCUUACUGGAGUGUGCAGUGGUUCAAUGUGUGUCAUAGUCGUGGCUGCUUGGACAGCUAAAGUGCACCAGCCCUUCACCGCCACAAUCUCCCUCCUUGCUUUCAUUGUGGGAUACCUUAUGACCAGGAUUGCAAUGGCAUUGCCUCAUGCCUGUGUGAGUUGCUACUAUGCUUGCUAUGCAGAAAACCCUGAGAACAGACUGUUCGAUUCAAUGAUCAAGGACCGUCUCGCCUUGAUCAAAGCUGGUCGUGAUGUCAUUGUUCCAACGCCUCGAGCACGUCAUCGAUUCAACACAUAGGGCACAAGUUAAAAAGGCAUGUUCUUUCCUGUAAAUUCCCAAAAUGUUAUGAACAUGGCUUGACUUGAGUUUAGCACCCUUUGAAAUGUACUAUGCACCAGUUGACCUCAAUGGGGAUCUGCUGAAUCCAAGUAAUCAAUUGAAGCCCAGGCUGGUCAUCCAGAAUGGUGGAAGUGGAAAUACUGGUGAUGACAACAAAUUUUGAUGGUGUAAGUAUGGACUUUUUUCUUGGAUGUCAUUGAUAAAGGAGAAAAUGUGGAGAGCCUACUGAGAUGCCAAUCAAACAAGGCUACAAUUAGAUAAAAGCGUCUUUCUGAAUCAUAUAUUUGCAUAUAUUAUUGGCAUAUUCGAUGGUAAAAAGCCCCACUAUUAUGCCUUUUGUCUCAUAUUUUUCAAUGAAAUAUUGCAAGGAUCUGCAUGAGUUGUAGCUGAA